GAUACACACGUUUGCGUCAGACGACAGAUUUCAGAAUUAUGUUACUUUGAUAAUUGCCUUACACUUCACUAAAGAGGGACUGAAGGACUAUAUAAAAACUCAAAUCGAUGGAAUUUAUGUGCGAUUAUCUAGGAGGUGCGCCACACACUUGCCAUGUACCAUAAACUGUGUAAAGAUGCAUUCUAAGAGUGUGAAUCAGUGGUGUGACACGUGCAAAAAAUGGCGAGAGGAGUUACGGAGGUUAAUGAGGUACCCAGGUCUAAUUAAUCGAAUAAACUGGCAGUUGUUUGAUUCAAGAACAUGGGGAAGGGAUAGCACUGAGGCUACAAUUAAUCAAAUUAUCAAUGUAUUCAUACACAAUUGUCAAAAUGUUACUGAAUGUGGUUUGGAUGAUAUCACAAAUAUUAUUUCGUUAUUAGAAAACUGCCUUUACUUUGACAUAGGAAAAAAUAAACAGUUAAUGACAAAAAUUCGUACAAUUCGGAACAAAAAUUUUGCACACAAUAAAUCAUGCCAUAUCGAGGAAAAAGAUCUGAAAAAAUGUCUGAACGUAUUAUUAAAUUGUCUUCAACACAACACAGUUUGUGGAAAUUUGAAAUGUAUGGACGCUGCUAAGAAGCUAUCAGAUCUGAAGAAUAAGGAAAUCGGGAUACGUUGUGAAUGGGUUUCGUACCUGCUUGAUGUAUUACAUGAUCGCCCAAAUGAACUCCAUGACACAAUAAUGCGUCACAUUGAUGAAUGUUUGGACUUACAUGUACAACCUCUUUAUUCAAAGACACAAGUGGAAUUUAAAAAUAUUGUUUUACUUUUUAUCAUAUCGGCUUCAUCCAUAUAUUUAAUAAUAAGUCUAUUUUUCGGAAUGCAUUUAACGGGCAUUGAAAACAUGUUUAGGACAUCGACAAAAUCAGGCUGUUUAACAAUGGAUUUUUCGUUUCCAUGGAAGAGUGACAUCGAUUUUGAAUAUUACAUCACGAUUCAUAAAGAUUUUAUUGGACGAGAAUGGAUCAUAGAAGAUAUAAGCUACUAUCUUCUCAAUACAGAACACAGGGGUCUACUGCUGACUGCUGAAAUGGGGUUUGGGAAAUCCGCCAUCAUAUCAAAUAUUGUCUGUUCGAAUAAUAAACUUUCGGUAGGAUACCCGAUUUAUGACAAACUGGCUGCUGUACACCUAUGUAAAUAUGAUUCUCAAAUCACCUUAGAACAGGGACUUUUUGUUCGAAACUUGGCCGGAGGAAUUGCUCAGAAAUUGCCGGAAUUCGGGAACAUUAUACAAUUUGAUAAAAUGGCGAUAGAAUAUCUCUUUACAAACAAAUGCACUGAAGAUCCAAAAGGUUGUUUUGAUUUUGCUAUAUUGAGUCCCCUUCAGAAAGUUCAAAGUGCCCCCGAAAAGUUGAUAAUAAUUGUUGAUGCACUUGAUGAAUGCUCCGAAAGUGGUUAUGAUAGUAUUUUUUCUUUGUUGCAUGAAAAAGUUCCACGUUUCCCUGCUUACAUAAAAUUAUUAUUUACGUCUCGCAAUAUCUCACGUAUUCGAGAUAAUCUUCCACCGGGAAUGAUAAUUUAUACAAAUGAGCAUUUGAAAGAGAACAACGUUGAAGAUGUCAAACGUUUCAUCAAAAAUCGUUUAGAAAAUACCACAGUAAAUAGAAAGUUCGGAGAAAUUCUGAGUGAUUAUCAUAUCGAUACUCAAAUAGAAAAAAUUGCAGAUCAGGUUGAUGGAAAUUUCUUAUUUUUGAUUCAUGGUUUGGAUUACUGGAUAAAAACUAAAGAUCUUGGUGAAAUUCCUGACACUCUUGAACACAUCUACCAACUUAAUUUAGAACGUGUUUUUGGAAAAUCAAGGGAGGCAUUUGAAAAAGUUAGGUCAAUAUUUGAAAUUUUGUGUGCGAAUUUAAAUCAUAUAACAAAAGAAGAGUUAUUUCUCUACUUGAAUGUAACACACAAAAAAGAUAAAGACAGUAUAUCACGUAUUUUUAACGAUGAGUUGUCCCAUUUCUUGACGAAAAAUUCUGAAUUGGGGACGAUAGGAUUUUCACACAAAAGGCUGUCUGACUUUCUUUCAGGAGAAGUGAACAUCAAUAAGAAUUUCUUCAUUUCGAAGGAACCUGGGCACGCUGCGAUUGCUAAAUACUGGAUAGAUUAUUUAGGAACUCCGUAUUUUGAACCACAAAGAUUAGACAUGUUAGCGUUUUUGUACCAUGUAGCAAAUUCAGGAGACGAUGAUAUUAAAAAGCUGUUCAAUGAUAGACUUCAUCACAGAAGUGACAUUAAUAUAAGCGAUUUUACUAAGUUUAUUUUACACAAAGCAGCAGCUCGUUUUAAUUCACUGGAAACUAUAAAACUUAUAAUUUCUUCAUGGCCACAACUUAAUGUAGAUGAAGAAGACAGUGGAGGUUCAUCUCCAUCUUAUGUUUCAGCUGCAUUUGGUAACGAGAUGUCUUUAAAAUCAUUGUUGGACAAUGGGGCAGAUAUAAGUUACGUGAAGCCAACUUUUCAAAUAGAUAGAAUUUCACCCGAAUUGGACAUUAUAAAUAUUUGCAAAUAUGAAACUCAUUGGGGCUACAAUCUCCUAAACGUAGCCUCUCAGAACGGUCACGAAGGUGUAGUCAAAGUUCUUCUACAAAACAAUGUGGACGUGUUACACGAAAACGCAGUUGGUCUCAACUCAUUUCAUCUAGCAGCUGAACAUGGACAUCUUCGCAUUUUGAAUAUUCUGUUAUUCAAUCAUUCUACGGAGCUGAUAUCUAGCUUUAAUAUUUCACUCUAUCUUGCUGCAAAAAACGGACAUGCUCAUGUUGUUGAGUAUCUUCUGUCAACGGGGGCUGUUGAUCGUUGUUUAACGUGUAAUGGACGUUUAUACUGGGUGCCAAAGGGGAAAAAAAGACUUCAGAACAAAGGGUCAAACGAAAUUACGGAUGAGGCAAAAUUUGUAUUGAAGGACGAUCAACGAUUCCUUUUUUGUGAGUCAUCUUUGGAAAUAGCAACACAGAAUGGACAUUUAGAAGUUGUUAAAAUAUUACUGAGACAACAGUUUCAUGCUAUUUCUUGUACGGAUGCUCGGGGGAGAACACCAAUCUUUACAGCAGUGGCAUUUGACAGGAAAGAUAUACUUCUAUAUUUUUGGAAAUUGGGAAUUAAUUUUGAUAAAAGGUGUGAGAAAAGAACUAAGGUCAGUGUUAAGGGACAUGAAAAAAUGUUAUUUCAUUCGAAACAGUGUAUCAAUGGAUUACAUUUUGCUCACAUGCUAGCGCUUUAUUCGUCAUUUAAAACAGUGAUUUCCUUAUUUAAGGAAAAGUACCGAAUGCCAGUUGUGACGGACGCAAACGGUGCUACCCCGAUGCAUUACGCCAGCUGUAGUGGGAUUGAUACAACUACUAUUGCAGUACUGGAAAAAUCUGAAAUGUACAGACUAAAAAGAGGAAUGAGACUGAAAGAAAAGAAAGAAUGGGGAAUAGGACAAUCGAUACAACACUUUUGUAAAAACAGAACCCAUGUCUGUUGAAUGGAAUGGUAACAUUUUUUUU